AUGCAGGUCAUCACACCCAAGUCACACGGCUCUUAUGACAUAGACAGAGGUCGCUCGUUUUUGCGAUGAGAACAAUAUUAUUACUACUACUAUUCCAUUAUAAUCUAGUUCAAGGAAUCACAGUUGCCGAAGAGCUGAAGAACGUUCUCAUAAAAGGUACGAUGAGAAAAAGGAAAAUAAACCGUUAUUAGUUCAGACUAUGACAACACUAUCCGUCCAGUUAUAAAUGAGAAGGACAGCUUGAUCGUCAACAUAUUCCUGAAUUCCAUGUCAGUCCUCGUACUCGAUCCGGCCGAAGAAACUGUCAGUUUCUCGUCGGAGUUUAUUCUUCAAUGGCGAGACGAGUUCCUUAGCUGGAACCGUUCUGAAUACAACAUAACUUGGCUUAAACUCAAAGAAUCCUAUCUCUGGGUGCCAGAUACCACAGUCGCCACGAGCAUCGACACCAACUAUCUUAUUGACUCAAGUGAACGAUACAUCAAUCUGAAAUACGAUGGAACAGUCCGACAGAGCAUUUACGCAGUGUUCACGAAUCUCUGCGAUAUGAAUGUUGACAAGUUCCCGUAUGACAAGCAGACGUGUCUGAUUCGAAUGGGCCCCUGGUCUUAUACCCUGGAGGAAGUCAGUUGUGUCGCUGGCCCUGACAUUGAAGCUAACGAAACUUAUUUUACGGUACUGACAAUAUCGAACUGGUGCAAAAUUAUUUAGAUAUUGUAGGGUAACAGUGAAUGGGAUUUCGAGGGAAUAAUAAGUUCGAUAGGGCAAACGGAGGAUCCAGAUGUCAACUUUACAUUCUCAGAAGUUCAUUUUAGUGUAAGUAACUGUUCAAACAUUCUCCGAAUCCAAUUGCUUUACUUGUAGCUCACUGUGAAGCGCCGUCCUCAAUUCUACGUUUGGGUACUUCUCAUACCCACCUACAUCAUCACAGUCGUUUGCAUUUUUGGUCUUUUCACGCCAACUGCCAAUCACGGAUUAAGAGAGGAAAGGGUUAAUCUUGGUAUCACAACUCUUCUCUCUUCCGCUGUUAUUUUGCAAAUUGUUGCAAACGCCAUGCCCAAAACGUCGGAGCUUCCGUUGUUAGGUAAAUUUUGCGUGCGUCACACUAACGUCAUCUCAUUCGAUUUUAUUCGUUUCCAGGAAACUUUAUUCUUGCCGAAAUAUUCGUUGUGGCCAUCGGAGUCCUUUUCGCCGUUUUCGUUCUGACCAUGCAUCAAAGAGCGCAUACGAGAGAGUGGAGGCCGCCGCCGUGGAUGCUCUGGAUUCUGAGAAUGAGCGGCUCGCGGCAGUUUCUCUCCAGAAACAUCACUAAAAUCCGGCAUAAAAGCAGCAAGGCGGAUCGGAUAAACUACACUGGAGAGGGGUGAACUAGUGACAUUACAACCACGCAUUCUGGAUAAAGUAGUUUCAGAGCUCAACUAUUCCGAAAUUUGGAUGAAUCGCUGACCUCUAUCCGGGAGUAUAUUAAAGAGGAGGACAGAGAUUACUUUCGGGAGCUCACCUACGUCAAGUUUUUCGAUAGACUUGACCUAAUUCUAUUAGUCAUAUUUCAAGUUGGAAACGCCCUUGUUACUCUGUUUCUGGUUAAACAAUGA